AUGACAGAGGCAGGCUUGGUAACGAAAUACGAGAAGAUUCAAGACAUCUUGGUAGCCAUUGAUCUGUCAAGCAAUAGAUUUGAAGGAGGCAUUCCACAAGACAUUCAGAUUUUAAAGGCAGUUCAAUUCCUCAACCUUUCCAACGACUUGCUUUCAGGUCCGAUUCCGUCAUCAUUGGCGAAUCUGACACAACUGGAAGCUUUGGACCUUUCUCAGAACCAACUCUCAGGAGAGAUCCCUCAAGAGCUAACGCAACUAAAUUUCCUUGGAUUUUUUAAUGUCUCUGGUAAUCAGUUGAACGGACCCAUACCACAAGGCAACAGUUCGGCACGUUAG